AUGCCCGCCGCCGCCGCGCGCAAGAAGAUCUCCCAGGCCGCGUUCGACGAGUGCGUGCGGUCGAACAUCAACGACUUCGACCUCGACCCGGACGAGGCGGUCGCGGACGCGAUGAAGGAGUUCGAGCUCCAGGGCGUCGACCUCUCCGACGUCGAGACGUCCUACGCGGGGCCCGACGGCCGAGGCGAACAUCCCGCGGCGAUCGCGACGCGCGCGUACGUCGCCGCCGUGGAGGCGGGCGACCGCGACGCGGUCGCCGCCGCGGGGGAGGCGCUCCGAGCGCGCCUCGGCGGCGGCGCGGAGGAGACCCCGGGGUGGUGCGCCGCGUGCGUCGGCGCGGGAGGCGUGCAGGGCGCGGCGAGCGCGGUGGCAGAUGUCGCGAAGGCGAUCAUCGACGCCGCCGACGCCGACGACGACGCGGAGGUCGCGUCGUCGCUCGAGUCGCACCUCAUCGCCGCGCUCGCGACGCUCGCCGCCGUCCUCGGCGGCGACGACGCGCGCGACACGUACGCGUCGCUCAAGCUCCCGAUGGCGCACGUCCGCGAGGUGUGGCCGGCGGCGGCGCGACGCGGCGGAUCGCCCGCCGCGCUCGCCGCCGUCGCCGCCGUCGUCGCGGCGGCGGCGACGCGGAACGAGCCGUGCAAGGGCGCGUUCGCGAAGGCUGGCGUGGAGGCGCCCGUGGUCGCGGUGUUUAACGUGACGACCGACGCGCGGGCGUUACGCGCGGCGUGCGACGCCCUGCGCGCGGUCACCAACGGGGACGACGGUCGAGAGCCCGCGUCGGGCGCGUUCGCGCACGCGCGCGCGUUCGCCAAGGCGGGCGCGGCUCGCGCGCUGUGCGCGGCGCUCGAAAACGUCUCCUCGGCGGGCGUUUCUUCCGACGCAUCCGACGCAUCCGACGGAUCCGACCUGUCCCUGCUCGCGUCGCUCGCGCAGGCGCUCAAGAACACCGCGGUGAACGACGACAUCUGCAAAGACGUCGCGGAGUGCGGCGGGAUCGCGACGACGUUGCGAUUGCUCCGCGGGGCCGCCACCGCGCACGCCGGGCUCGCGAAGAGCGCCGCCGCGUGCCUUCGACAGCUCGCGGGGUCGGACGCGAACAAGAGCGUCGUUGCGGCGAGCGAGGGCAUCGCGGUGCUGACGCACGUCGCGCGCGUGUUCAGCGAGCGCGCGGCGGACGCGAAGGCGAAGGCGAAGGCGAACGCGGCUUCGCCUCACGCGAACGCGGACGCGGACGCCGCGGCGAAGGCGAACGCGAACGCGGCGCACGCGGUCGUGGAGCAGUGUCUGGGCGCGCUGACGGCGUUGUGUCUGCGUCACCCGGAGAACGCGGCGCGGUGCGGCGCGGAGGGCGUUUUCGAGCCGAUCGUCGAGUGCAUGGCGGCCGGGGCGGCGCACAAGGGGACGCAGCGACAGGGCGCGAUGUUUCUCAGAAACGCGGUUGUGCGCAACCCGGAAAACGUCCCGCUGGUGCUCGCGACGCGCGCCGAGGCGUUGCUGCGCGCGGCGAAGAGGAAUCAUCCGAGCGACUGCGUCGACGUCGCGUCGGCGGCGAUGCGCGACCUCGGGUGCGAGAACUACAACGAGGGGUACAAGCCCACGACCGCGGUCAUGGGAGCGGACGGCGUGGUGCGGACGCCGGAGGAGCUCGGGGACGAGCCGGUCGUUGGCGGGUACGCCGACGGGUACGUCGGCGCGAUCGCGGAGGAGUAG